AUGAACGCAAAUAUUGGAGGGCCCACCCCUGACACAACCUACCAAGGCAAAGUGAUUUAUACCUGUGUCAGUGGGUAUCGGAUCUCCAAUGGAGAUACCACAGCAAUAGCUACUUGUAUGGAUGACAGGACCUGGGGACCUCUACCAAUUUGUCAACUUGUGGAUUGUGGUUCUCCUCUCACUAUAUCUAUUCUCAAUGGCUCACCUGGAGAACCAUCCAGCACAACCUAUCAAGGGACAGUAACCUACACCUGUGUCAGUGGGUAUGAGGUCUCCACUGGAGUCACCACAGCAAUGGCUACCUGUAUGGCUAGUGGGAUGUGGGGACCUCUACCAACUUGUCAACCUGUGAAUUGUGGCUCCCCUACCACCAUUAGCAAUGGCUCUCCUGAAACACCAACCAGCACAACUCUUGGAGGGAUGGUGACCUACACCUGCAACACUGGGCAUGAGGUCUCCACUGGAGUUACCACAGCAAUGGCUACCUGUAUGGCUAGUGGGAUGUGGGGACCUCUACCAACUUGUCAACCUGUCUCAUGUGGUGCCCCUCCCCCUGGCACCAAUGCAUCUCCUGGAACACCAACCAGCACAGUGUACCAAGGAACAGUGACAUACACCUGUGUCAGUGGAUAUUGGAUCUCUCAAGGAUCCUUCUCGAAAUUUGCUAGCUGUAUGGCUGACAGGACCUGGGGGCCUCUACCAACUUGUUCACUUGUGGAUUGUGGCUCCCCACCCACCAUUGGCAAUGCAUCUCCUGGAACACAAACUAGAACAACCUACCAAUGGACAGUGACCUACACCUGUGAUACUGGGUAUGAGGUAUCCAAUGGAGUCACCACAGCAGUGGCUACCUGUAUGGCUAGUGGGGCCUGGGGACCUCUACCAACUUGUCAACGUGUCACAUGUGGUGACCCUCCGGACACUGGUCUCAAUGCCUCUCCUGGGACACCAACCCCUGACACAACCUACCAGUACCAAGAGACAGUGACCUACACCUGUGACACUGGAUAUCAGAUCUCCAAUGAAGCCCUCACAGCAAUGGUUACCUGUAUGGCUGACAGGACCUGGGGACCUCUACCAACUUGUCAACUUGUGGAUUGUGGCUCUCCUCCCCCUGGUAUAAAUGCAUAUCCUAGAACACCAACCAGCACAACCUAUCGAGGGACAGUCCUCUACACCUGUGACACUGGGUAUGAGAUCUCUAAUGGAGUCACCACAGCAAUGGCUACCUGUGUGGCUAGUGGAAUGUGGGAAGCUGUACCAACUUGUACAAUUGUGGACUGUGGUGAUCCUCCCACCAUUCCCAAUGGAUCACCCGGGACACCCACCAGGACAGCAUUUGGAGGAACAGUGUCUUACACAUGCAACAAUAGAUAUCACAUGAUGUCAGAAUCAGCCACUGUGACUUGUGAGGCUAGUGGGAGUUGGAGCACAAGACCAACUUGCUCAGCCAUCUGCAAUGACCAUCAAAUUGAAAAUGGUGACAUCAAUUAUGAUCCUGAUACCACACCGAGAACAGAGGGAAACAUUGCCUUGUACUCGUGUGUGUCUGGUUACCAGCUGUCUGGUGUGAGCAUUAGGGUCUGUAUGGACGGUCGUAAUGGAAUGGAGGGUGUGUGGACUGGAUCCAUGCCAAGCUGUAUAGGUAUCACAUGCUCUGCUCUCCCUAAUGUUACGAAUGGGACCAUUGAUUACUCUAGUGGUACUACUGCGCCAUAUAACUAUGGAACAACGGCUACUUAUCAAUGCAACCAUGGACAUACCUUAACAACUGGAGACAGAGUGGGGACUUGUACUAGUAAUGGUAGCACUCCUGAUGGUCAUUGGGAUGCUGUGGACUGUGGUACUCUUGCGUCUAUUACCAAUGGAUCUCCUGGGACACCAACAACCACAACAUUCACAGGGACAGUGACCUACAGCUGUAAUGAUGGCUAUGCACUCUUUGGGAUUGCUACAAGUACUUGUCAGGCAAAUGCAACCUGGAGCAGACCACCAGAAUGCAGAGGCACUGUACAUUUAUUAGUCUGUCCUGAUCUGAUGGAUCUAGUCAAUGGAAGUAUUGCUUAUGAUAUGGAGACCAUUGACGACAGACCAGUGGACACUGUGGCCACCUACACCUGUGACAUUGGCUACACUCUCAUUGGAAACAGCACUAGGACUUGUGGGAGUGAUGGAGUGUGGAGUGGAUCGGAUCCAGCGUGUGAAGGUUGGUGGAAAACGUUUACACUGUGUUGAAGAAUAGUAACAAGUUGUUUCUCCUACAGUUCUUAUGUGUCCUCCUCUACCGGCCAUUAUUAUCAACGGCAUGAUCUCCUACUCUCCUGAUGUUACCUCUGACUAUGACCUGGGAACUGAGGCAACCUACACUUGUGAGGCUGGGUUCUAUCUUGAGGGUAAUGAGGUACGAGUGUGUAUGGAUGAUGAUGGAAUGGACGCCAUUGGAGUGUGGAGUGGUCAGGAGCCAAGCUGUGUCCAUAUCACUUGUUCUGCUCUCCUUGAUGUUAUUAAUGGGUCCAUCAGUUACCCUAGUGGUACUACUGCACCGUAUGACUUUGGAACGACAGCUACUUAUCAAUGCAACAUUGGACAUGUGUUAACAAGUGGAGACAGAGUGAGGACCUGUACUGGUGAUGGUAGCAGUCGGUGGAGUGGUAAUGCCCCCCGAUGUCCACGUAUGUUAUAAUUAUUAUUGCAUUAUCGUAUCACAUGAUAAUG